UGCUCUGCCCAAACCUCUGCUCUGGUUGGUUGUUGUAAAAACAGAUUCUUCCUGGUUUUUUUUACAUAUUUAAAAGCGACAGUGUAAGCCAUAUGAAGAAACACUUCUCUCUCAACUUCUAACUAAACAGACUUAAAGCUCAACAUGUCUGGAAGAGGUAAAACCGGCGGAAAGGCCAGAGCUAAGGCUAAGAGCCGCUCAUCCAGGGCCGGACUCCAGUUCCCCGUCGGUCGUGUUCACAGACUGCUCAGAAAGGGGAAUUACGCUCAGCGUGUCGGCGCUGGAGCUCCCGUUUAUCUGGCCGCUGUGUUGGAGUAUUUGACCGCUGAGAUCCUGGAGUUGGCCGGAAACGCAGCCCGCGACAACAAAAAGACCAGAAUCAUCCCCCGUCACUUGCAGCUGGCUGUCCGCAACGACGAGGAGUUGAACAAGCUGCUCGGUGGAGUCACCAUCGCUCAGGGCGGUGUUCUGCCCAACAUCCAGGCUGUUCUACUGCCCAAGAAGACUGAGAAGGCCGCAAAGACCAAGUAAAACUAGCUGAUGUGACGACGGAAAUCCCCAAAACGGUUCUUUUAAGAGCCAACCACAAUUUCUCAAAGACACAGUCCUUCACCAAGCUCACAACCCGUAUUAAGGAUACGGACUAAAACAAAACAUAACAAUAAACGUUAAAAAAUAUAUUUAAAAAACAAAUAAAACAUCUUACGUUAGCAUCAACUUGUCUUUUCGUCCUGACAACGUCGACCGCGUUGUCAAACAAAACUCCCCAGGUGCCAUUUAAUUAAGACUUUGACGUCAAUGGACGGGUCGCCGCCUGGCGGACACGGUGGUUUAUAACAUGCAUUACAUCUAGCUCUACCUGUUCUACCAACCUGCAGCCCUCCGCUCUGCCAACUAAGUUAACGUCAGGGCGUGUUGAUGAACUUCCUGUCAAUCUCACCUGGCUCUUUGUUGGUGAAUUUUCUAACAAACACAACACACGUGAAUUCAGAUAGGAGGGCUUAAUGCGAAAAAAAGUUAAUCUCCUUCGAGCCGGAUUUGAACCAGCGACCUAAGGAUGUCUUUCCAUAGUAGCCUACAGUCCUCCGCUCUACCAACUGAGCUAUCGAAGGGAUGUGUUACGUGUGCCCGAAGCUACAUCUUAUAUACACGAAAAAUGUCUGUUCUCCAAAAUCGAUUUAAAAACACGGUACUUAAAAAUAAAAAAUCUGGUGUAGAAAUAUUAAGAUUUUUCCACUUUCUCGGUUUUUUUACACGUUUAUAUUACUUUGGAGGUCCGUUUUUCACAUCCAAUUGCAUUCUUUUUUCACUGACACAUCACUCCAUCAAAAUCAAAGGGAGAAUUCAGGUUGAAUUAUUUAUUAUAAAUCAUUCACAUUACAAAGUUAGACAUUUACUGUUGCCAUAUCCAUCCAAACAUCCUGUCUACGAGGGGGAUUCUGUUAGCCUUCGUUCAAGGUGGCGUUGUUGGGAUUAUUCAUGGAUGGAUGGAUGUUGGUACAGAGUUAAUCACUGGUAAUCUAUGACAAUGAGCACAGUUAUCCAAUGCACUCUCACUGAAACACACACACACACA